AUGGUACCCUCCCUUCUGCAGCGCACUAUGCUUCUUCUUCUUCUUUGCUCUCUCACGCGAGCUCGACAGAGGGGCAAUUCUCGGCGUGCAAUCGGCUUCGUCCGACCUCCGAUUGCCAAUUCCAGCCACUGUGAGUUUGACUGGCGAUUUGGGUUACUUCCGCCCAUCUUUCAGGAAAUGGACCCAAUAAGAGGAAGAGGAAGAGGAAGAUGCAUAGGCCGCCAAGGCAGAAGUAGAGCCGGGGCUUUACCACAGACAGAGGUUGUUUCAGAGGUUCCGGAAGAUUUUGAGCAGGAGCCGGAAGUUUUGCAUGGGGCAACACCUGUGCGUACUGUACAGUUGGAUGUUCAUACGACAAAGUUGUUUGCUGAGUUCUUAAAGGCCAGAGGACAUGGAGUUGCUCAACCUGCGUCUAGGGAUCCUCCAUUGCCUGAACAUGUUGCUAAUUCUCGAUUGUGUGCAUUGAUCAUUGAGCUCAAGGCACUAGGAGCUCAACCUUUCUUUGGGGAGAGUGAUUUCAUGAUGGCGGAUUACUGGAUUCGUGACCUGAAGAACUGCUUUAGUAUAAUCGAAAUCACAAGUGUGGAAAAGAGGAAGGUAGCCGCUUUUCUCUUACAGGAGGAGGCUCGUGUGUGGUGGGAUACUGUGGUCAAAUCCAAGGAUGAGACCCAGAUGGAUUGGGAAGAGUUUGAGGCUCUCUUUUAUGAUAAGUACUUUCCUAAUGUUGUGAAAACGGCGUUACGACGUGAGUUCCUGGAACUUAAACAAGGGUCCCUAACUGUAAGGGAAUAUGAGUCCAGAUUUUCAAAGUUGCUUCGUUUUGCACCGGCAUUUGAUGAGGAGUUGACAGCUCGUCGGUUUGAGGAGGGAUUGGCUGAUCAUAUCGGUAUGUAUGUGGUUGCCUCGACACACAAGACCUUAGUUGAGGCGGUACACUGUGCCAUGGCAGUCGAGAAUAGUAUUGAGCCGUACAGACUGUACCAGGAUGAACGAAGAGACUAUAAGGGCAAAGGGAAGACAUCAUCUCAGAGUAGCUAUGACUCGGGUAAACAUGGUGGUAUUAGAAAGAAACAGAGAACGACAACUCUGUAUGAAGACAUCACAGCUGCAUCUGGUCAAGAGGGUGGGCUAGGGGAGUGUUACCAUUGUGGUGGAGUUGGACAUAUGGCUAGAGAUUGUAUUAAUCGCAGUGCUCGUGUAUGUUACACUUGCAGUCAGCCGGGCCAUAUUGCUAAAAAUUGCACCCAGGGGCAGACUUGA